AUGGCAAAGUGGGUUAUUGUUGAUGAAGAACUUCGCCAAUACCUUUGUGAAAGCAAUGAAUCAAGCUUAGAUUUAUCCUCUGAUAGUGAAGAAGAAUUUACUAAUGAAGUCACAAUUGAUGAUUUAUCCGAUAAUAAACAAACAAAUGUACCAAGUACUUCGCAACAUGCUGUUAGUUGGCCAGAAGAGCUACUGGAGACUGAAAAUAGCUGGAACAAUCUUGAAUCACUCUACAACUUCAUUAAUGACGCUAACUUGACUUAUUCAAACGUUAGCGAUACUGACAUUAUCUUUCAGAAUAGAUAUUAUGAUGAAACAAACCUGAAUAGCAAAAUAAUCAAAGUCAAUAAUUCGGGUCCCUCAGUAGUGUUUUCAAGAUGGAAUCGUGGGAAUACCACUUUCAAUUUUACGUGGCCCAUAAAAAAGGUAGCUGAAAUGGAAGGAGAUAUUAUCUUGGGAGGUCUGAUGAUGAUACACGAGCGAGAUGAUUCCCAAAUCUGUGGUUCCAUAAUGCCACAGGGUGGUGUUCAGGCCCUAGAGUGUAUGUUGUACACCUUAGACUGGGUAAACAAUCAAACCUUUCUUCCAGGCAUCCGGCUUGGGACAUACAUUCUGGACGACUGUGACAAAGAUACGUAUGGUUUGGAGCAGUCGGUCGAUUUCAUUAAAGGUUCUAUAAACAACAUAAAUGACGGAACAUAUCGGUGUCCUAAUGGCUCUAAUCCACUCAUUCGUCAAAAAGUAGUCUCUGGAGUACUAGGGGCAGCCUCUAGUGUCACAUCUAUCCAAGUGGCUAAUCUACUGCGACUUUUCAAGAUACCACAAGUGAGUUUCUUCUCCACUAGUCCGGAACUCAGCAACAAGCAACGUUUCGAGUAUUUUCUGAGGACUGUGCCUUCUGACACCAACAAGGCUCAAGCUAUGGUGGAAAUUAUUAAACAACUAUCCUGGACAUACAUCUCUAUUUUAUAUGAAGAAUCAACUUACGGAAUCAAAGCUUUCAACGCUUUAGAAGAACUCCUUGCCCAGAACAAGAUAUGUAUUGCAGUGAAAGAGAAGCUUACUAAAGACUCGGGAGUAGCUUCCGAAGGUGUUUAUGACAAGAUUGUUCGCAACUUAUUGUCAAACCAGCGAGCCCGAGGGGUGGGAUUUGCUUGUAAGCCCAAAAAGUUUCGAAAAGAAGAUUUCAUUGCAGAAGUGGAAACAGGUCUGAACAAAAUUAAGGAUAUUGGUGAAGCGAAUAUCAUUAUAGCUGAACGUAAAGAGUUAAUCAGUUUGGAGAAAAAUGAAGUUCAGAUCUUAAAGUCAUUAAAUAAUUUGGAUAUUGUAAUGUGUAUAGCUGAUAAAGGUGGUCAAAUAGUUAACCAAAAUAAAGAGGACUAUACUAAGAAUGUUGAACAGUUACUAAACGAUGGUAUAUAUGAAAAGGUUAAAACCAACCCCCUUAACAGGCAUCAUGGUUGGUUCCAAGUAGUUGUGUAA